CCACCAUUAGUUCAGUUUAGUCUGAUUUGCUGACCAGUACGGUCGGUGCGCAAAUCGACUUCGAUCAGUUAUAUACAUAAAUUACGCGUUUGCUCCUAAUUAAAAAAAUAACUUAAUCAGAAAAAUUGAACUUUAUACUUUCUAACAAAAUAACAGCUUAUAAAAUACUGUGAAAAUGUUUUUAAAUAAAUCAUUGGCAUCGAUUAACCUGCUAAAGCGCAGCUUCUCGACGAGUGUUUGGCGAGCAGCAAGUCUGCAGGGACCCAGACAGCCUAACAUUUUGACUGAAAAGAGAAAACAAGCUACCUUUACAGAGCGAAGUCAACUUAAAUAUGCACGCCGUCUGGUGGUUAAACUUGGCAGUGCCGUUAUUACACGGGAAGAUAACCACGGCCUUGCACUUGGACGUCUGGCCUCCAUUGUUGAGCAGGUGGCUGAGUGUCAUUUAGAGGGUCGUGAAGUUAUGAUGGUUACAAGUGGUGCUGUGGCUUUUGGUAGUCAAAAAUUGGCACAGGAAUUACUUAUGUCACUUUCUAUGCGUGAAACGCUGUCACCCAAGGACCCCUCACGCGUUGAACAGGGUACACUGCUGGAACCUAGAGCGGCCGCUGCUGUGGGUCAAUCCGGUCUUAUGUCACUGUAUGAUGCUAUGUUCGCACAGUAUGGUGUAAAAAUUGCACAGGUUCUCGUAACAAAACCGGAUUUCUACAAUGAGGAAACACGUAAUAAUUUAUUUUGCACACUUUCCGAACUUAUCAGCCUUAACAUUGUGCCGAUCAUCAACACCAACGAUGCUGUGUCGCCGCCAAUGUUUUUAAAAGAUGACGAUCUACCAGUUGGCUCCAAGAAGGGUAUUGCAAUCAAGGAUAAUGAUAGUCUGGCAGCUAUGCUUUCGGCAGAAGUACAAGCGGAUCUGCUCAUCUUAAUGUCAGAUGUUGAUGGAAUUUAUAAUAAACCGCCUUGGGAGGAUGGCGCUAAACUGAUGCACACUUAUACUUCAAAUGACCGGCAUGUUAUUGAAUUCGGUAAAAAGUCUAAGGUUGGCACUGGUGGCAUGGACUCAAAAGUAAAGGCAGCCACUUGGGCACUGGACCGCGGUGUCAGUGUUGUAAUUUGUAAUGGAAUGCAGGAGAAAGCAAUUAAAACCAUUAUAGGAGGAAGAAAAGUCGGAACAUUCUUCACAGAAUCUACAGAGGGUUUCUCGACUCCCGUCGAUGUUUUAGCUGAAAACGCGCGCAUUGGCAGUCGACAGAUGCAGGCGCUUUCUCCGGAACAACGUGCCAAUGCAGUUAACCAUUUGGCUGAUUUACUGGUUAGCAGGGAGGAAUUUAUUCUGCAAGCGAAUGCAAAAGAUUUAGCUGAAGCGAAGCGACAUGGUCUGGCGAAGCCACUACUGUCACGUUUGUCUUUGAACUCCGCUAAAUUGAGGAACUUGUCUGUUGGAUUAAAGCAGAUUGCUGAAUCAAGUCAUAAGAAUGUUGGACGUAUUCUACGCCACACACGUCUCGCGGAGAAUUUAGAAUUGAAACAAGUUACAGUACCUAUAGGUGUACUACUAGUCAUAUUUGAGUCACGUCCAGACUCACUGCCUCAAGUAGCUGCAUUAGCCAUGGCUUCCGCCAAUGGUCUCCUACUUAAAGGUGGUAAAGAAGCUUCUAAUAGCAAUAAAGCUUUAAUGGAACUGGUCAAGGAGGCGCUCGCUACAGUUGGAGCGGAAAAUGCUGUUUCUCUGGUAUCCACACGUGAGGAAAUCAGUGAUCUUUUGUCAAUGGAGGACCAUAUCGAUUUAAUCAUACCACGUGGUUCUUCGGAGCUUGUUAGGACAAUUCAAGAGCAAUCUGUCCAUAUACCGGUAUUGGGGCAUGCAGAAGGUGUAUGUCAUGUUUUCGUUGACAAAGAAGCUGAUUUGCGCAAGGCGUUGAAGAUAGUCAGGGAUGCUAAAUGUGACUAUCCAGCAGCUUGUAAUGCAAUGGAGACGCUUCUCAUACACGAGGACCUAAUGAGUGGCAACAUCUUUAACGAUGUAUGCAACAUGCUGAAGCGUGAAGGUGUGAAAAUCUAUUCCGGACCUAAACUUAGUCAGAAGUUAACCUUUGGUCCACCGGCUGCAAAGAGUCUGAAGCAUGAAUAUGGAGCACUGGAGUGUUGCAUCGAGAUUGUGAAAGAUAUCGAUGAGGCAAUAGAGCACAUACACACAUACGGUAGUGGGCAUACAGAUGUGAUUGUCACGGAGAACGCUUGUGUGCUCUAAAUAGUGAUCGAUAACUCUAGUUUCAAAUACGGUGGAGAAAUACAUACAUAUGUAUACUGGUUUACUAAUACACGGUUUCCGUAGGUGAAUCAGUUCAUUUUACUGCAUUGCGGCCUUCACGAACUUUUCUGGACCGACACAGACAACGAAUUAUAAUUGUUUUGGAAUUGGUUGAAAACUGGGCUGGUGGUCGUGGUAUUCCGUCACCUGAGUUUGCAUGACUCCCUUCAGAUAUGGCUGGUGGUUUAAUGCCAAAACUGCCAAGUACGUUCCUCCUCCGUCAUCAAUAAGUUGAUGUGGUAGGUGUAGGUUGAGAAGACUCUUUGCGCUGGUCGACUUUGCCUCUUCUCUCAUAAUGCUGUGCAUUAACCCUCGCGUUGUCCUCUAAACCUGGAGACCAUUAAUGUCGACUACCUUCCGAGUGGUGGAUGGCGGCUCUGAGUGGAGACCCGUUGAAAAUGAAUUUUAUUAAAUUUACAAAAACUGUCGAGGGAGAAGAAACCGACUUUAAAAACGAGCAGUGCCGGAAGGGUCACUGCCGGCGGUGACGGAACCGUCUGGUCAGUGGGGCGGUAGUGCGAGGCGGAAUCAAGAGAGCAGUAUCUGCUAGGUUCAUAGGGACUCUAGGUGUGUAGCAAAUACUGAUGGUGAUCCAAAUGAAUUUCGACAAUGUCAUGGUGACAUAAUUAAUUUGUAACAAAUAUAAUCUCACAAUAUUUUGCCAUCGUAAUGCUCUUAAGUAAUGACUGGCAGAUUUGUAGAGUGAAUAAAAAUAACUUGAAUACGUGAAUAUUUUGAAACAUCAUGGGUCACUAAAUUUUGUACGGUUUAUUAGCGUACAUAAAUAUGUAUGUAUACAUAUGCAUGUGUAAACAUGUCCAUGCGUAUAAAAUAUUCCCAAACAAACCUUUCAUUAAGUACUUUGCCCCGCAUUACAAUAAUUGCAAUAUUUUGAAACUCAACAGGAUUCUAAAAACUGUGUUACAGUAAUUGAAUUCAAGCAUGUUUUCAAUAUGCUAGGGAAAAGUUUUAAAAUUUUGUUGUAGAGUAUGUAUUUAUAUUAACAUGUGUGCGUGAGUACAUGUUACCGUUAAUAUUGAAAAAGUUUAAAUUGUUUUGUAUAUUAAGAACAUUCAUAUGUAUGAUAUACAACAACAAAGUGCAACAACUUCGCACGGAUAUACACAUGUGCAUAUUUAGUAUAUACAUAUGUAUGUUCAUACCUGUACCUUGUGUAAGCAUGCACUCAAUGCAAAAUAAACCUGUGUUAAAAAGACACACCUUUUAGUCAGGAGACCACAUGUAACUUUUUCACACAGU